AUGGUAUCCUUUGAUGUCGUUUCGCUCUUCACCUCCAUUCCACUGCAACUAGCGAUAGACGUUGUGGACCAACUACUGGUAGAGCGUUAUGAGGAGAGAGACAAACCCCUGAAAUCUGAGCAUCUGCUCGAACUUCUGCAAUACUGUCUCAAGAUCUAUUUCGCCUUCGGCGGACAAAUGUACGAACAAGUAAAAUGCACUCCUAUGGGCUCCUCUAUAUCAGGCUUAAUCGCUGAACUUGUUCUUCAACGGGUAGAACACUUGGUGUUCACCAAGUAUCAACCAAAGUUAUGGGCGCGCUAUGUCGAUGACACCCUUGUUGCCAAAACAACUGACAUUGAGCACCUAAAGGAACUACUGAACUCGGUUGACCCGGAUAUCCAAUCUACGAUGGAAGCAGAAGCAAACAACCCAACUGCCCUUCCUUGA